UGAAAACCCCUCAGUCUAUCAGCGAGUGUAUGUCACCUCAUCUGCUCCGCGGGAUUCGACAACAAGCAGAAACCGGAUACCUGCAGUUGUAGUAUUGCAGGCCUUGCGAGACGCACCUCCACCGAACAUCGUUAAAGGCCCUCCCUGCCAAACUCGCUCUCUCACAAUGAGCGUCGAGGCUACCGAAUUGCUCGAGGCCUUCAAGGCCGCGGCGCUGUCGGUCACGAAGCUUUAUAAAACCUCUGCUUCCGCACAGGCCAAGGCGCGUGCAGACGGGUAUCAGGACUGCCUCGAGGACCUCCUCUCCUUCCUGGACAAGGAGGGUAUCGGCGCGCAAGAUGGCGAGGCACAGAGGAUCAGGAAAUGGGUGACGGAGCGGACCGAGGGGCGCGAUAGCACAUCGCCCCCGCUGGAGAGCGACGAUGAAGCAGAGAAGUCGGACCCGCCCGCAUUAUCAUCACCGCAGCUGCAGCGUUCCGUCCCGGCGACGAUGCGACCGAGCGAUAAAACCGAGAUUCAAAUGAAGGAUACCUCAUUGCCUCCUGUCUCGACGACAGCCUCUGCACAAUCAAGCUCCGCAGUAGAGGAAGUCGACAUUGUUGUCCCUUCGCUAGACACCUUCACUUUCCAAGCAUCGCAUCCUUAUCCGCAUGACGAAGCUUUACGCCUUGCCAACCUUGACCUCUCCGACUCACAAGCAAUGAGCCCUUCAAACACUCGAUCAACGGCGCGGAAUGGGAGAACCAGGAACGGACGGACAGGACCAAGGACGGCCCUCGGGAGAGGGGCGGGACAGAAGCGGAAACUCAACCUGGCUGAAAUCUUCGAUCUGGGCAAUUUGGACUACGGGAACGGCAAAGACGUGUUUGGAUUUGGGGGAAAGCGAACCCGGUUCACAUGAUGGGGGACAACUCGACGCAUACUUCGCACAGACACCUUGGUCAUGCGACGGUGAAAUGGUUAUUUGCUGAUUGGGGGAGGGGUCAGGAGCUUUCUACUCGCGUCACAUUGCAUCCGGUAGAGCGCAUGGACAC